UUAUUUUCCUAGUUUUGUUAAAACCACUAAAAUGGUUACUUCAAAAAUGUUUAUUUUCGGAAUUGCUAUAAUCGUGGCUGGGAUAGUAGCCAUUAAAGCAGAAGUUGAUUGCAAUAGCCCCCCACCUUUUGUGGAUUUCAAAGAUUGUUGUGAAUUAUCAAAUUUUAUAUCGGAAGAUAUUCAAGAGAAAUGUAAUAAUGAUCAGGAAGUUAAUUUUGAACAACAACAUGGACCGCCAGAACAUGCUAAUGGACCACCUGGUAAUCAUCGAGGACCACCACCACAUCAUCAUCAUCAUGGACCUCAUCACGGAUGUUUCUUUACGUGUGUUGUUAAUGAAACGGGCAUUUUAGUGGACGGUGAUAUUCAGGAAGAUGUUAUGAAUUCAUAUUUAAAUGAAGUUUUCGAUGAUUUCGAAAAAGUCGAAUUUGUUAGUAGCAAACUAAUGAGUUGCUAUGAAAAACAUAAGGAAUUUGAAUCAAAUAUGCCUGAUCAUGGACACCAUGGACAUCACGGUCCCUCAGAUUGUAGUCCAAAACACGGUGGUAUGUUAAUAGGUUGUGCUCAUAUGCAUACAUUCAAGGACUGUCCCGAGUCGUCUUGGUCAAAUACUGAUGAAUGUAAUGCAGCGCGUGAUCAUUUUACUCAAUGUAAACGACCACAUCAUGGUCCUCACCACCAUGAUGAAGAAGAUGAUGAUGUAGAAUAAGAUUUUUUAAUAAUGUUUAUAAAAUCAAAAUUAACAAUAAAUACAAUUUAAAUUGCA